UAGAAAUAUCUGUUUCAUACUAUUCCGCACAAUAAAAAUUUUAAGCAUCGACAUUUAACAUUUAAGGAUUUCCCGCCCAGCUAUGUUAUGUUUCAGCUGACCUACAAACUUCGGCUUUGAUAAGCAAUCUUCCGAUUGCGUUCAAGAAUCUCACAACAAAUCCACUUUGCCAUAGGCUGAAUGAAUUUUCUCGAAUUGACUAUUCUCCCAGUGUGUGAGGAUCUAAUUUCAGUUCAGGAUACUUCCGUCCAAAUCAGUCGAUACUGCCAUGAAAUCACCAUGAAACGUCUAAUAGGCAAUUCAUUUGAUACAUUGAAGACUGUUUUUAAACAGAAGUCCCAAAAUGAAAAGAGGUGAUGAGGCAGUUGUCGAGGCCAUGGAACUUCCUCCUAACACCAUCAGGGAAUCCAUUGAGCCCACUGAGAUCGAUUCUGAAUCAACGAAUCCUGGAUAGCGGAUGAUGUUAGUGAUUCAUGCAGCACAGCGCCUUCAGAAAAUAUUGAAGAAUUCGAGGACGAAAUGAAUGAAGAAGGCGAAGAUGCACUCCUGGCAGUGGCCGAAAAACUCGAUCCACAGAUCCAAGAGGAAAGAUCUUGGAAAGGCAAUCCAAUGCAUGUUUUGAGUGCGAAUUUGAACAUUGCACCACCUCAACGAGGAUCGAAGAACAAAACCACCUUCAUUAAAUGGCCACUAGCCAAAGCGACACGCAUUUUGGUUCCAUAUCCAAGCCAAUAUCACGACCGAUGGCGGAGUGAGAACUACGUUGAUAUGCCCUUCUCUGAGGAAAAGGACGAAUCGGUAUCGAUUUCGAUUUCAAUUUCGUUUCCGAUUCCGUCGUUUUCCCGCCGCAGAUGGUCUUUGGUUCAAAAAGCCCUGAAGAAACCGAUGAAAUCUUCAAUGACAUUCAGGCUCGGAUCUUGGAGUAACAAUCGGCCGAGUCAAUUGGACUUGCGGGCCUGCAUCAGUUUUUUGAAGAAGAACUGGAUCCCGAUGGCACCGGAAUUUAAAGCGUUUUUUUGAAGAGAUUCUCCUCAAAUGGCAAAAUUAUGCCUGGAAUUACCGAAUUAGU